UGUGAGACGAUGCUCCUGUUUCCCUCCUCAUACCCUCCGUAAGGAAUGAGUGACCACCGUUUUAUUAAAAUGGCCGACUCUCUGGCCUUUGCGAUGCCAGAGGUCGAACGCCCCAGAACCAGAAUUGACUUUUAUACCAAAUUAGCUUGGAUGGCCGGUUGUGCUGCCUUGUAUCAUGUCAUGAGCUGUGUCCCUGUGUUUGGCGCCAAAAUUUCGGACAAGCCUGAUCCUCUGUUUUCUUGGAGAGCUUUGGAUGGCUCGAACAAAAGUGCUCUUACGAUCAACGGUCUGGCUCCUGUAUUCCUUUCUGCAUACAUCUUGCAGCUUCUGGCCGGUGCUGGAAAGCUCAAGGUGAACUUUUUCCUCAAAAACGAUAGACUCUUAUUCCAAAAUGCCCAAAAGUUUCUCUCCGUGGUUCUGUACUUCCUUUUGUCGGUUGCCUAUAUGGCAUCUGGAUUUUUUGGCACCUUUGCAGAAUUGGGUCUGUUCAAGUAUGCCGUUGUCUUCUUGCAAAUCUUCCUUGCCGGUGUCGUGUCUACGUAUUUGUGUGAAGUUGUCGAAAAGGGUUACGGAUUGGGUUCUGGCCCCUCUUUGCUCCUUGCUUCGCACAUUCUUGGUGCUGUUUGGUGGCAGACUAUGGGUGUGAGCCGUUACACUUACAACGCUGAGGGCAGUUUGCAGUAUGAGGGUGCUCUUGUUGGCAUUGCUCUCAAUUUGUUUACCUUCAAGGAAAAGUUUGCACCCCUUCGUGAAGUCUUUUUCCGCCCUGAGAGACUCAGUGUGUAUGGUUUCUUGAUUUGCGUAGCUACGUAUUUCUCCAUGGCCUACCUCAUUAACAUGCGCAUCGAUGUCCCUAUUCGUUCCUCCCGUGUUCGUGGACACCGUCAGAACUUCCCCUUGCGUUUGUUGUACACGUCUGUGAUGCCUCUUGUCUUCCUCAUUUCCAUUUUGUCGCAUGUUCAAGUCUUUGCUUAUGCCAUCCAUUCGUUGUUCCCUAACGCUCUUCUUACUCGUUUGCUUGUGCAGUAUGCCGAGUCUGACGUGUAUGCCCGCAAGGAACUGCGUCUCGUUGGCGGACUUGUUUACUACUUGAUUCCCACUUGUGGGCUUAAGCAAACGUUGCUGUCGCCCUUGAGAGUAACUGUGUCUUCGCUCUAUGCUUUUGCCGUAACGAUUCCCUUCUCCCGCGCCUGGAUGAAUGCCACUGGUGCUGGUCCUCGUGACGUUUUGCGUUUCUUCAAGGAGAAUGCCCUUGUUAUGGCCGGUUACCGCGAGGCCAGUAUGUUGAAGGAAUUGAACCGCAUCCUUCCCACUGCUGCCUGGGUGUCUGCUUUCACUAUCACUUCGCUCGCUCUCGUGUCCUCUGCCAUUUCGUCUACUACCUUGGCUCCUGCUGUUGUCGUUGGUGCGGGACUUACGUUUGCUACCUUUGAGUUGAUCAUGGGUGAGAACCCUCAGAUGCUUCCUCCCACUGCCUCGUAAAAAGUUUUGCAGCGAUAGUAAGCACUGUACAAACUGCAAUGUCUCUAAUGAGUGUUCACUCGUUCUUCGCUCUUUGCCUUAACUACCUAGUACGACAGUAUCGUGUCGUCGACCAGUACUGGUCGACGACACGAUACCAUAACUGCCAUUAAUGACAUCGGCAGUAGUUACACUCUCAUUGACAUCUCUCUUUCCCCAUGGAACACUUUGUGUUUUCAUUUAUUCUAAAGCUUGCGAUGGUAAAAGUUGGCGAUAGUUCUACUUCUUAAUAGAGCAAAUCUGUUCCCUCUAGUAACAGACAACUGUAAAUAAUCUAUAUACGGCAGUCUCUGCCUGUAUCAAGUAACUGAUAGCGUAUGGGCUCGUUUGUGUUCCAUUACGUUAAACUCUGCUACGUUUCCACAUAAUACGUUAUAUGCGUUUAAGAACACCUACCGCCACCAAAAGUCUUUUAUCGCAAUGUUAGAAAACGCUAUACUUCGUUC